UUUAGGAAGCGUUUUGUCUCUCUUCCACGGGGCGUAGCGAGUUGGUUUGAGGCGGUCUGUUCCGAGGAAGCCCCGGCGCCCCUCAAACGGAACGCCGGAGCCGCGGAGAGCGCACGACGCGCACGACGAGGACGGACGGACGGGCAGGCAGAGCGAGAGAGAGAGAGAGAGAGAGAGAGAGAGAGAGAGAGAGAGAGAGAGAGAGAGAGAGAGAGAGAGAGAGAGAGAGAGAGAGAGAGAGAGAGAGAGAGAGAGGCGCGCACAUUUUCAGCGGCAGCUACCGGAUUCCCUCUCCGCGCACAUUCAGAUGUGCGCAACAGAUUUGCAUAGCCAGAGGACUGAAACAGUGAUAUAUUUUGAUGUUUUGUGUUGUUUUUUGAGACGUUCGUGUGAGUUAACACGACCUGCGUUCUGUAGAGUAAACCGACUGCUCGCCUCGCUGCGCUGCGCGGAGGGAAGGCGGCACGACCGGCGGCUGUGGGCGCACGGCGUUGAUAAGUUUCUCAGAGAAUUGACGCGUAUCGUAUUUUUGGAGCCAGUCUGAGAGUUCGGCAGUUUUUUGUUUUUCCUCUGUUUCUGAAAUGACAUCGGGGAGAAUGGAAGGACUCUAUUUGACAAGAUUGUGGAAAGUUAUGACCAUAUUGGCUCUGGCGACCCAACACGUUGCUGGCAAAACACUGAAAUAUCAGAUUUACGAGGAGCAAAAGGUCGGCACCGUCAUCGCCCGUUUGAAGGACGACGUAGCCGACGUUUUGGCCAAACUUCCCGGCGACGUGUCGCUGCGUUUCAGGGCCAUGCAACGAGGAUCCUCGUCUUUUCUCACCGUGCGCGAGCAGGACGGAGAAAUCAGCAUCAGGACCAAAAUAGACCGCGAGAAACUCUGCGAGAAGAACCUGAACUGCUCCGUCCAGUUCGACGUGCUGACCCUUCCCACCGAACACCUGCAGCUGUUCCACGUCGAGGUUGAAGUGUUGGACAUUAACGACAACGCGCCCCAGUUCGCCCGCUCCGUCGUCCCCAUCGAGAUAUCCGAGAGCGCCGCUGUGGGGGCGCGCAUUCCGCUGGACAGCGCCACCGACCCCGACGUUGGGGAUAACUCUCUGUACACGUAUGCUUUAGAGCCCAACGACUUCUUCAAGCUCGAAGUCCAGUCCAGGGCCGACGGGGCGAAAUACACCGAGCUGGUGGUGCUCAGAGACCUGGACCGAGAGGUCCGCUCAGGUUAUGAACUUCAAUAUACGGCGUCCGACAGGGGCGUUCCCGCGAGAACGGGUUCGACCCUCCUAAAGAUCAGUGUGGCCGACUCAAACGAUAACAGCCCAAUUUUCGAGAAGACCUCCUACAUCAUCGAUCUCCCGGAAAAUUCCCCCGCUGGCACAUUGAUUAUUGAUUUGAAUGCCACCGACGCCGAUGAGGGCACCAACGCCAAAAUAGUGUACUCCUUCAGUAGUCACGUGUCCCCUAAAAUAAUGGAGACGUUCAAAAUCAACCCUGACAGUGGUCACCUGACCUUGAUCAGGCGCAUAGACUAUGAGAGUGUCGCCUCUUACGACAUUGACGUGCAGGCACAAGACAUGGGUCCCAACUCCAUGCCCGCACACUGCAAGAUCUUGGUCAAGGUAGUAGAUGUGAAUGACAACAAACCAGACAUUAGCAUUAAUCUGAUGUCUUCUCAGGGAAAGGAGGAUGCAGCCUACAUAUCUGAAGCGUCCCCUUUGGAUACAUUUGUGGCUUUGGUGAGGGUGGAGGACUUAGACUCUGGGUUGAAUGGUGAGGUAGUGUGUAAGCUCCACGGCCAGGGGUUUUUCAAACUUCAGAGGACUUAUGAGAACAACUACAUGAUCUUGACUAACGUCUCCUUGGACAGGGAGAAGAGGUCAGAAUUCAGUCUGACUGUAGUAGCAGAGGACCGGGGAACACCCAGUCUCUCCACCGUGAAACAUUUCACUGUGCACAUCACUGAUGAAAACGACAACCCGCCACGUUUUGAGAAGGGCCGCUAUGAGAUCUUCAAAUCCGAGAAUAAUGCUCCUGGAGCAUAUUUGACCUCCCUAGUGGCCAGUGACCCCGAUCUGGAUGCCAAUGGACAGGUGAGCUACUCCAUCUUGGAAAACACCGUCCAUGGGAGCUCCAUCUCAACCUAUGUCACGAUUGACCCUUCCAAUGGGGCCAUCUACGCGCUACGCACAUUUGACCGCGAAGAUGUCAGUCGCAUUUCUUUCAUCAUCCAGGCAAGAGACGCAGGACAGCCGCCACUGUCAAGCAACGCCACAGUUGUCUUAAACAUCCUGGAUGAGAAUGACAACCCCCCGGCCAUUGUGGUCCCUCAGCUGUGGAACUUCACUGCUGACGUGCCUGUGUCAAAGUUUACAGAAGCCGGUCACUUAGUGACCGUGGUCAGAGCGACUGAUCGGGAUACAGGCGUCAACGCUGAGCUCAUCUGCUCCAUUGCUAGUGGCAAUGAGGACGGCUUCUUUAUUAUUGAUCCACGAACCUGUGAAAUCCAUGCCAACGCCAGCCUGGACAACUUCCCCCACGAGCAUGCUGAGCUAACAGUGGUGGUGCGGGACCAAGGGAGCGAGAGCCUGAGUGCCAAGGCAGUUCUGAAGAUCACUCUUUAUGAGAACAUGGAGAACCACGUCCAGGUCAUGGACCAGGGCGAGUCUUCCCUUGACGUGUCCUUGAUCAUCAUUAUUUCUUUGGGUGCCAUCUGUGCUGUGCUUCUGGUCAUCAUGGUGGUAUUUGCCGCUCGCUGUAAUCGGGAGAAGAAGGACACCAGACACUCCUACAACUGCAGGGUAGCCGAAUCCACCCACCAGCACCAUCCCAAGAAACCCUCGCGUCAAAUUCACAAAGGUGAUAUCACUCUGGUCCCCACCGUUAACGGCACCUUGCCAAUCAGAGCCCACCAUCGCUCACCGUCUGCCACCCCUCCCCUGGAUCGCGCACCAAUGGGAAGUCGGCAGAGCCACCACAGUCGCCAAUCCUUAAACAGCUUGGUGACCAUCUCCUCCAAUCACAUCCCAGAGAGUUUUGCCCUCGAGCUAGCCCAUACAUCGCCACCGGUGGAGCAAGUCUCACAGCUUCUGUCCAUGCUCCAUCAGGGCCAGUACCAGCCCAGACCCAGUUUCCGUGGAAACAAAUACUCCCGCAGCUACAGAUAUGCGCUGCAGGACAUGGACAAGUUCAGCCUGAAAGACAGUGGUCGUGGGGACAGCGAGGCGGGGGACAGUGACUAUGACAUGGGACGGGAGUCCCCCGUGGACAGACUUCUGCUGGGGGAGGGCUUCUCUGACCUGCUCCACCUUGAAAUGCACCAUCGACUCCACCCAGCUAUGAGACUGUGCACGGAUGAAUGUCGUGUCCUGGGCCACUCCGACCAGUGCUGGAUGCCGCCGCUCUCCUCCCCCGCCUCCUCCUCAGACUACCGCAACAACAUGUACAUCCCCGGGGAGGAGUCUUCCCAGCAGCCCACGCUCGAUGACGACGAGGCCUCGCUGGACUCGGAGCGCCGCAAGAGCUUCUCCACUUUUGGCAAAGAGUGUGGAAGCGAAGAGGAAGGGGCUCCGGGAGUCGUUGGCGGAGGGGGCGAACUGGGCGGCGCGGUGGGCGGGGCCGGCUCCCUCCUCACAGAAAUGAACAGCGUGUUCCAGCGCCUCCUCCCCCCCAACAUGGACUCCUACGUCGAAUGCAGCGAAACAGGUGCGCCCGUGUCCUCGUCGGCCGUGGAGCGAGGAAGCGGUUGCGGUGGCAACAAUCUUCCCCAGGAUAACAGGAAGGGUCUUUUGCCUGGGGGUAAAGGACCCGCCUACCCUCCUGGCGUGGCCGCCUGGGCCGCAAAUACCCACUAUCUAAACCCCGGGAAUGGAACCGUAGGCGCCAAUCAUGUUUCCUCCUCUACAGCUCCCGCCACCGCCUCCGCCAAUGGGCAGCCGCCCCACCUAAAAUGGCUGCCAGCUAUGGAAGAGAUCCCGGAGAAUUACGAGGAGGAUGAGUUUGACGGCGUCUUCCAUCAGGGCCAUCUGGGGGGGAAGCGCAGCGAGAGCCGCCAUGAGGUUGGCAUGGACGCCAGCGAGCUGGUCAAUGAAAUUAAUAAACUGCUGCAGGAUGUCCGACAGAGUUAGAAACACGGAGAAGGUAGACUUUUAACAGCCAACCAUCUCACCGAGUCCUUGCAGUCGUAGGUCUUGGUGCUGAUGUACACAGACUAUACGUUUACUUCCGGUUGACCGUGACGCUGUAUCGCCGCUUUACUGAACAGCUUCUCGCCGCUCGGUGGUGUGAGGAGCAGUGCUCGAGGAGAGAAGUUCCGAGUUUAAAAUGUGACCCGGGCGGCAUAAAGACUUCACAGCAGGAACCUGGAGGUCUAGUAGAUCAGUUGUACAUGACAGGAACUCCAAAAUGUGUGGCGUGAGUGAUGACAGGAAGUUCAAAAUUUGUUCACAAAAAAAAAAAAAAAACAAAUAAGGGAAACAAUGGAAAUACGCCAACAAAAAAAUGAGCCCUUUCUUCGUUUGUAGUGUUUACAGUGGCGUGAAUGGACUCCGCAGUGACGCCGGAAGUGGCGUGCUGUUUCCUCUGACUUGAUGAUGUACAGUACUGUACAGUGUAUGUGAAGAAAAAAAACCCCAACUCACCUGGAUAUCGUGAUAUAUGUCUCCUGUUUUGUUGGACGGAAUGUUACUGUACAACUCAUCUUUGUAUCUCAACACAUUUGUAUCUAAAUACACUCUUUUUUUACCUCUAUAUUUAUAUGUGUCCACGUAUGUUUGUACAGAAAAAGAAGAUAAAUGUCUAUUUUUUAUAUGUCACUGCAUGUGUUACUAUUGAUUCAAUGUUCUCUCUGAUUCUACCAAGUUUAUUUUAUACAUUGAGUGGUAUUUAAAUUUGUCGUUGGAUGAGUGUGUGCGCGCGCGUGUGUGUGUGUGUGUGUGUGUGUGUGUGUGUGUGUGUGUGUGCGCGUGUGUGUGCAUUAUGACAGCUGCAAGUCCAGUGGUGUUCAGUGUUGGAAAUUGGUUUUGUAUGGUACAUAUUGUUGUGACAAAUGAAUGACAAAUAAAGUGGAAAUCGACAGGGUUGAGUGCUUAUCA